AUGCAUGCCGUGCUCACCAUGUUGAUGCGAAUGCUCGUGAACGAGGACAUCAGCACGCGGAACGCCCAAGUAGCGAGGGAGAACUCUCUGCGGCACAACACCGCGCACUUUUUGCCCUACCGGGAAAUAGUGUACAUGCAUCGCAUACAGACAUCCAUAGGUGUACCUCCUCCUACGGCGGCCCAGUCGCGUUGCAGGCAGAUGUCCGUCGUGGAGGGGCCCGCAACGGACAUCAUUCCUGCGACCCGUGCAGCUUGGACCUCCAGGGUGCAGGACUCGGCCGGAUCUCGCACCCCGAUCGAACUUCAUGCGAGUGGCCCAUCAAUUCCGGCCGGGUUGCCAGUGUUUUCGUCAGGCGGCGCUCCACUUCGGGGGGUACACCUGAAACACGCCUCUGCCUUGUGGGGAAACGACCUGCCCACUGGCCCCCCUUCAACUCUCCUCUCCUCUCCCUCUCGUCUCCCCCUCCUCGUCCGUGAGCUCGUUCGAGCUUUGGGAUGGGCGUUCUACUCGAGGGGCUGGGAGGGGGAAACCCGGGACGACUAG